AUGGGGGAGGAGGGGGAGGAGUUGUGGGUGCUGUGGGAGAGGGAGGACCGCGGUGGCGAGGCGCGGCUCGACGAGGCGCUGCGCGGAGCGGCGUUGGGCCACGGCGGGGAGGCGAGUGGCCACGGCCGCAGCGGCGAGGCUGGGGCGGAGGAUGAGCUGGAGGACGAGGACUGGGACGAGGUGCGGCGGGAGGAGGAGCUGCGGGGAGGGGGCCGAGGCCGCGGCGGGUCCUCGGGUUCGGGCCGUGGCGGCGGCGGGUGGCUCGGCUUCACCCAGCGCAGGCUCGUCGGCGUCGGCGCAAGGAUCGCGCUCUACCCUACCCUAGCCUACAACGUCGCGAGGAACAAGAUCCAGCCAUCGUUUCACUGGUGGGAUCGCGUCGACGAGUAUGUUUUGCUAGGUGCCCUACCCUUGUGCAGGCAUGUACCACAGUUGAAGGCGCUUGGGGUACGGGGAGUUGUCACUCUGAAUGAGCGGUUUGAGAUUUUUGUUAAAUCAAAAGUAUAUCAGGCUAAUGGCAUUGAGCAUCUUGAAAUUCCAACAAGGGAUUAUGCUUAUGCACCUUCCCAGAAGGAUAUCUGCAAGGCUGUAGAUUUUAUCAACAGGCAUGCGUUGCAAGGUAAUACUACCUAUGUCCACUGCAAGGCUGGACGGGGAAGAAGCACUACUGUGGUUGUGUGCUAUUUGAUCAAAUACAAAAACAUGACUCCUGAAGAUGCUUGGGCUCAUACCAAAUCGAUACGUCCUCGGGUUUGUUUGACAAGUACUCAAGAGGAGGCUGUUGCACUGUUUAGCAAGCUCAACCUUGAUGGAGACCUUCCAUUCCAGAGUUCGGUGGGGGCAGCAGCCCGUCCCAGGCCCAACACUAGGAAGAUUCAACCCGAUCCUUCGGAUCAUCCGGAACUGUAGCACUGUCAUGUGCAUUAUUACCGAAGGAGAUCAGUUUGUGUAAUACCAAUCACAUUACAGUACGCAUCUAAAGGAAAAAUAGGAAGAAUCACAUACGGCACGUGAAUAAUGUUGAAGUUUGCCUUGUACGCAGACCAGUUUUUUGGGUUAAUGAUCAUUGUGCACUGUGUCAUCUAUGUUUUUUUGCGGGGACGUCAUGUAUGUUUUUUUUUG